GCACAUUUUCCAGCUUCCAGCCACAGCCAGCACGCACCCGCCACCUACCCGCCAUCGUGCUCGCCCCACCGGGCCACCGGCCAACGACGCAGCUUCCGCCUCUUUCCUCCAUCCUUCGAAACAAAAGAGAUGACCAGUCGCGAAAGGGGGUCAGAAAAUCGAACAAAAAUCAAACGAACAAAUAAAGAAGGGAAGGGAAGCCACCGUCCCCCCACCGUUCCCUUCCCUUCCCGAUCCUCCUCGCAGAUCUCCGGCACCGGCCGCCAUGAACUCCUACUCCGGCGACCGCUCCUCCUCCUCCUCCUCCCGCCCCACCACCACCUCCUUCGACUCCUACCAGUUCGACUUCGGCAUCAACGCUUCCCGCUCCUCCGGCUCCCGCCCCCUCCGCGACCAGCGCCCCGGCGCGGCCGCGGCCGCCAACCCCUCCACCAGGCCGGCCGCCGGCGCCUCGUGGACGCACCAACCCGCCACCAGCGCCAAGCCGUCGUGGACCCACCAGCCGUCCCCCGCCGCGGCCUCGGCGGCGGGGCCCGGAUCCGGGCCGACCUCCAUGGUCGGCGACAUCUUCGGCCGGAGCUGGUCCUCCGCCGCGCCCUCAUCCGGGAUCGGCAUCCCGCAGGCCAACAACCCUGCCCUAUUCAGCGACCUCCUCGGCUCCGCGCUCGGCGGCUCCGGCUCCUCCCGCGCCCAGUCCAACGCGCCGCUCAGAUCCGCCGCCGCGCCGCAGGCCUCCAGGCCCACCGGCGCGAAUUCCAAUGCCAGUACCAACAGCUCUGCCUUCUCGAUGGGCGGCAUGGCGAGCGCGCUCCCGAAGACGACCGGAGCGCCGAUGGGCUCCGGUGGAUACGGCGUCGGUGGCCGGCCGAUGAAGCCCGCGGGCAUGGCGGCGACGGCCGCCGCGCAGCCGAUGGGGCAGAAGAAGGAUCCAUUUGGCUCGAUAGAUCCAUUUGCGGCGAAGCCGGGGCCCAUGAAUGCGGCUAAGCAGGCUAGUUCGGUCAAGCCGGAUCAGGGAUUUGGGGCGUUCCAGGGCGUGAGUUCCAGCGCCAACGCUGGAUUCGGGAGCUUCCAGAGCGCUGAUGCUGGAUUCGGAGGUUUCCAGAGCUCUGGUUCCACGAAACCUUCCAGCUUUACGCCUCCACCCCAAUCAGCUCCAGCGCCUACCCCUGCAGCCGCAGUAGCGAACUCUAGUGUGGAUCCUUUGGACAAUCUGUUCGCUUCGACCACAGCUGCACCGACUGCAACUGCAGCGAGCAAUGGUGGUGGUGGGGGUGACAUGUUUGGUGAGAUGGAUGGUUGGGUCGAUGUGGAGGCAGAGUUUGGUGGUGGUGAUAGUGGUGGUGCAACCACAGAGCUGGACGGCCUGCCACCGCCACCAUCCGGAUUGACGGUAUCGGCUGCUAAGGCUAAAGGGAUGGAUAGUUACAAGGGAGGGCAGUAUGCUGAUGCCAUCAAGUGGUUGUCUUGGGCUGUUGUGCUCAUUGAGAAAUCAGGGAAAGAUGCUGACAUUGUCGAGGUGUUGUCUUCAAGGGCUUCCUCAUAUAAGGAGGUUGGUGAGUACAAGAAGGCCAUCGCUGACUGCUCAAAGGUGCUGGACCAAGAUAAGGAGAAUGUCUCAGUGCUAGUGCAGCGUGCUCUCCUUUAUGAAAGCACGGAGAAAUAUAGGCUUGGGGCAGAGGACCUGCGUUUGGUUCUGAAGAUUGACCCUACAAAUAGGCUUGCCAGGAGUACAAUUCACCGCUUGAACAAGUUGGCAGACUAGGGAUGUCUUUCUAGCGCCCUGAUGUAAUAUUGUACUACCACUAUACUCCAUCCUUGGCACGAGAUUUGUGAGUUGUUUUUAACUCUUUGCUAUACCUGUGGCUUUGGGGGAAUAGUUUGCAGCUGUGCUGUUAUCAAGUAUGAACUACAAAUCUACAAAUUUACAUACAGUAUAUUCUUUGAUUUGUAUAAUCUAUGUAUUGUAUCAUAUUAUCUUGAAAGCUAAUCUUUGUGGCA